CCCCAUCAUUUUUUGGGGGGUAAAUCCCCCAGGAUGUAUUCACAAGGACGGCAUGCUACUUCGCUUCAGUCUGGGCAGCCCUUCAAGUUUUCUGUUUUAGAAAUCUGCGACCGGAUUAAAGAAGAAUUCCAUUUCCUCCAGGCUCAGUAUCACAGCCUGAAGCUGGAAUGUGAAAAGCUGGCCAGCGAAAAGACAGAGAUGCAACGCCACUACGUGAUGUAUUACGAAAUGUCCUAUGGCUUGAACAUUGAAAUGCAUAAGCAGGCCGAGAUCGUAAAGCGGCUAAACGCCAUCUGUGCCCAGAUCAUCCCUUUUCUGACACAAGAGCAUCAACAGCAGGUUGUCCAGGCGAUGGACCGGGCCAAGCAGGUGACGAUGGGGGAGCUAAACAGUAUUAUUGGGCAGCAGCAGCUCCAGCACCUCUCCCAUCACGCCCCUCCGAUCCCGCUGACCCCUCACCCUUCGGGCUCGCAGGCUUCUGCCUUGGCUAGCGUGAGCACCACCUCCGGCUUGCUGGCCCUCUCCGGCGUGCUGGCGGCUCAUUCCCAGCUGGCCUCGAAGGACGACAGAGGGCCUCCGGAUCCCGAGCACAGCCGAGGUGAGAGGAGGAGGCGAGGUCGAGGAGGCGGGUCGUGGGAUACUUUCUUGGAUGGCAAGAAGGCCCUGAGUUCAAAUCCUGGGCACAGCAAUUCUGCGUCUCCUCCCGAGAGCCCGCAAGAAGAAGGACCGCUGGACAGCACAGGGGUGAAACGCAAGCCAGAAGCCAAAGAGGAGACGGAGCAUUACGAGAGCGAUGGGGAGAGAAGCGAUUACAACCUGGUGGUUGAUGAGGAUCCUCCUUCGGAGCAUGAUAUCCCAGCCUGCGUGUCGGCUGCUAAGCUCUUGCCUAGCCAGAGGGACCUCCCCGACAGUCCAGCCUCGCUGGCUUCCAAUCGGAGCGCCACCCCUCUCAAAGCGAAGGAUCCGAAUUUAAGCGAUAACCCCACCAAUCUUUCCACCUGCAAGUCCGCCGGAUUGUCCACCUCCCAGGAGUCCUUAAGCCUGGGGCCUGGUCCCAGCUGCCCUUCCCAGGUCCGACAAAUCACCUCCAAGCCUUCGGCCACCGAGGCCAUCACACUUCGCAGUCCUCUGAGCAUGGCGAGUCCCUACUCUUCCUCGUUUGGGAUCGUACCCCACACUGCCCUCAACGGUGAACUGGCGGCCUCCAGCUCCUACGUCAGCAUCCACCUCUCCCCCCAAAUCAGCGGGACGGUGUUGUAUGGACGCUCCCCGGUGGUGGCCUUUGAAGCCCACCCGCACUUGCGCGGAUCGGCCGUAUCCUCUUCCCUGCCGGCUAUUCCUGGUGGCAAGCCGGCCUACUCCUUCCACGUGAGCGCUGAUGGCCAGAUGCAGCCGGUCCCCUUCCCGCCCGACGCCCUCAUCGGCUCCGGCAUCCCGCGGCACGCCCGCCAGCUCCACACGCUGACCCACGGCGAGGUGGUCUGCGCCGUGACCAUCAGCAACUCCACCCAGCACGUCUACACGGGAGGGAAGGGCUGCGUCAAGGUGUGGGACGUGGGGCAGCCUGGAGCCAAGAUGCCCGUCGCGCAGCUAGACUGCCUGAACAGAGACAAUUACAUCCGCUCCUGCAAGCUUCUCCCGGACAGCCGGAGCCUCAUCGUGGGCGGGGAGGCCAGCACCCUCUCCAUCUGGGACCUGGCGGCCCCUACCCCACGGAUCAAGGCCGAGCUGACCUCCUCCGCCCCGGCCUGCUACGCCCUGGCCAUCAGCCCCGACGCCAAAGUCUGCUUCUCCUGCUGCAGCGACGGGAACAUCGUGGUGUGGGAUCUGCAGAACCAAACCAUGGUCAGGCAGUUCCAAGGCCACACGGACGGGGCCAGCUGCAUCGACAUCUCCAAUUAUGGCACCAAGCUGUGGACCGGGGGUCUGGAUAACACCGUGCGCUGCUGGGACCUCCGCGAAGGCCGGCAGCUUCAGCAGCACGACUUCAGCUCCCAGAUCUUCUCCCUGGGCUACUGCCCCACAGGUGAAUGGCUGGCCGUGGGGAUGGAGAGCAGCAACGUGGAAAUCCUGCAUGUGACGAAAUCGGAGAAGUACCAGCUCCACCUUCACGAGAGCUGCGUCCUGUCCCUCAAGUUCGCCUCCUGUGGAAAAUGGUUUGUCAGCACAGGUAAAGACAACCUCCUGAACGCUUGGCGGACGCCCUACGGUGCAAGUAUAUUCCAGUCCAAAGAAUCCUCAUCGGUCCUGAGCUGCGACAUCUCUGCCAACGACAAGUUUAUAGUGACCGGUUCUGGGGACAAGAAAGCCACGGUUUACGAACUGGUGUACUGA